AUGAUUUUACCCAACUAUCUUUUUCAAAGAAUCAUAGACUAUAUAAUAACCUAUAUUUAUAAGAUCAAGCCAAAAAACCUUCAGAUCACCAACAAUACAAAUAUAAAAUAUUGUCACAACGAGACCAUUUGUUUGUCACUGGUAAACAAAUUAACAUUCGAAUGGGUUUCGAUAUAUUUAUCUGUGGUUUUAAAUUUCAAAAACUAUAAUCUUUUAAAACCAUUAAUAGGCAAUAAUAGCUUCAAAUUAAUAAAAGAAAAAAACAAAAUUGUUAAAAUAUACAAAUCACUAUCAGAAUAUAAAAAGUGCAAUAAUAAAAACAGUUUUAAAAAAGUAUUAAUAAAAUGUAAUAAUGAAGAAGCCAACCAACUGCUAUUCAAGUCAACUGAAGAAUACCCCAGCAAUACGUUAUUUGACCUAAAAUUCUUAUUUUAUUUAGGAGGGCCAUUUUAUUGGGAGGAAAUUGACGAAGCCAAACUUAGUGAUAUCAAUAAACGAUUAAAAAUCAAUGCAAUAACUAUUUUAGGACAACAAAGCAAUAGGACUCCAGAAACAUUAGAGAAGAUUAAAAAAAUAAAUCCAAAAAAAAUAAAAUUCACCUCUCGGCAUUAUCAAUCACUAGUAUGUGCUCAUCCAGAUAUAUCAACUCUAUUUCAAUCACCCACGUUAAAAAGCCUAAAGUAUAAAUCAGAUUAUGUCGACCCAUGUAAAUUAACAAAAAUAGAUAAUGAAAAUACCAAUUUAAAAUCACUUUCGGUAGAAUUUGACAUUAUUCAUCUGGUUCAACAAUUCAAUAAAAAAAACCAUCAGCUCAAACAAGAAUGGGAUUCAAUGACACACCACCUUUCAAAUAAUAAAACUUUAAAAUCUUUUUUACUAUCAACAUAUUUUAGUUGGGUUGGUGGAUUCAGCUUUGAUGAUUUAGAAGGCAAAGGUAAACUAAACUUUUCAUUGCUUUUAAAGGGUAUUAAAACAAUCUUAACAAGUCCAUCAACAAGAAUAGAAACCCUUAAGAUUUGUUUUUUUAAUAAUUUUGUUGAAGACCCAGCAUUCACAGAAUCACUUGUCGAAAAUAAAACAAUCAAAAACUUGUAUAUUAGAGCCACAUCAUUGGACAGUAUUUUUGAAAAUGUUUUACCAUACAACAAUACCAUCAGAAAUAUAGUGAUUGCUAAUUGUGACAUUACAGAAAAGAUUUUAAAAACUAUUACAACCAUCAAUGUAUACUCUAUAACUUUUAUAUCUUCAAGAGAUAAAACAAACAAAAUCUUAAAUUUAUUUUCAAAAAAUUUAAUCUUUAAUCAUAUUAAAGAAAUAAAUUUUGUUACAAAUAUUGAUAGCCAAGACGAAAAAUUCAAUUUCAAACCUGUAAAUGUAUUAGUAAAUUACUAUUAUAAAAAAGAAACUUUAAAUAAAAAACUAUAA